AUGCUGAGUAUAGUUGGCCUUGGUCUUGGUGAUGUCGAGGAUAUUACUAUCAAAGGGUUUAAAGCCAUUAAAAAUGCAGAUAUUGUUUACCUCGAAAUCUACACCUCAUUCCUUAUCAACUCCGAUAAACAGAAACUAGAGGAAUAUUAUGGGAAGGAGAUAAAGGAAGUGGAUAGGAUAUUUAUCGAGGAACAGAAUGAUACUUUAUUAAAUGAAGCUAAGGAUAAAAAUGUUGUUUUACUUAUCGCAGGAGAUCCUUUUAGUGCUACAACACAUGUUGAAAUAUAUUAUAAAGCUAUGAACUGUGGCAUCGAUGUCAAUAUCAUAAAUAACGCUAGUAUUAUGAAUUCCGUUGGAAUCACCGGAUUACAACUGUAUAGAUUUGGUGAGACCGUAUCAAUACCAUUUUUUGAGGAGAAUUGGAAACCUUUUAGUUUCUACGACAAGAUAAUGCAGAAUUAUAACAAUAAUUUACACACUUUGUGUUUGCUGGAUAUUAAAGUUAGGGAACGAAGUGUUGAGAAUAUUAUGAAAAAUAAACUUAUAUUUGAGGAACCUAGAUUUAUGAGUAUAAAUAAGGCAAUUGAGCAAUUAUUAUACGUUCAAUCCAAUAACACCACACACAGUAAGAUUGAUUUUAUGGUGAUUGGUAUGGCUCGCUUAUGUUCAAAAGAUCAAGUAAUUAAAUCUGGCAAACUUCAAGAUUUAUUAAACUUCGACUUUGGUCCUCCUUUACACUCACUCGUCAUUUGUUCUCCGCACCUCCAUCACUACGAAGAACUAUUCUUCAAUCACUAUUCACAAUAA